AUGUCUCUUCCAACUCGAUCUCUUGGACGCAACGGCCCUCCAGUCCCUGCAAUUGGUCUUGGACUCAUGAGCCUCGGCAGUAUCUAUGGAUUUGCCGGUUCCCUCGAAGACAAGGUAGCUUUCCUCGAGCAUGCCCAUUCGAUCGGGGCACGAUUCUGGGAUACAGCCGACAUGUACUUUGACAGCGAGGACGCAGUGGGAGAGUGGGUGAAGAGGUCAGGAAAUCGCGAUGACAUCUUCCUGGCUACCAAGUUUGCCAUCCAAUAUGACGCCGCCACAGGUGGUCAAAUAGUCCGCUCUGACCCCGAGUAUGUCAAGGCUGCUUGCGAGAAUAGUCUGAAGAAACUCGGGGUUGAAGUUAUUGAUCUCUACUACUGUCAUCGGGUAGAUGGCGUGACACCUAUUGAGAAGACUAUCGAGGCUAUGGUUGAGUUGAAGAACCAAGGCAAAAUCAAGUAUCUUGGAUUAUCUGAAUGUUCAGCUGUAACUUUGCGCCGUGCCCAUGCCGUUCACCCCAUUGCCGCGUAUCAGGUAGAAUAUAGUGCGUUCACCUUGGAAAUUGAAUCGUCCACCAACGAUAUUUUGGCUACCUGCCGUGAACUUGGUAUCACUGUCGUUGCCUACAGCCCCGUUGGCCGAGGUCUCUUGACUGGGCAAAUUCAAUCGUUCUCCGAUAUUCCCGAAAAUGAUUUCCGCCGCAAACUCCCCAAGUACGCACAGGAACACUUCCCGAAGAUCCUUGAACUAGUUCAGGGGCUGAAAGAUAUUGCCAAUAAUCACGGCAGUACUCCUGCCCAGGUUGCUAUCGCAUGGCUUCUUGCUCAGGGCUCUGAUAUCAUCCCUAUUCCCGGAACAAGAUCUAUCAAGAAUCUUGAUGAGAAUACCCAGUCCGUCUUUCUUAAUUUGACAGAUACGGAGCUGCAAGAUAUUCGGACGUUGAUCUCGCAAACUGAGGUCCCUGGAUCGCGGUAUCCCGCUAUGAUGAUGGACAGCAUAUUUGGUGAUACCCCGCCACUCUAG